AUGGCCUACCAGAGGGAAAUCCAGAUGCAGGCUCUCCCUCCAUCGCCAAAAACAUCACCGGUUAUAACGACAGAUGAUGCGACGUCUUCAGGCCCGUUACACCGUCUUUUGACGAGCUUCACACGCGCACCCCGGUCCGAAGAUGAGUACUCUCUUAACAGCUACUCGACCAACGGUCGGCUUUUCAACAUGAGCAAAGCAAAUUACAACGCGGCCAACACGGCUCUCGCACGCGAAUUGAAGAAUCGACAUCUGCAGAUGAUUGCAUUUGGAGGGAGUAUUGGUACCGGUCUUUUUGUCGCGAGUGGUGUGGCGCUUUUCCGGGGAGGACCGGUUUCGCUGCUGAUUGCGUUUAUCACCAUGGGCACCAUGCAGUUUUUUACGAUGCAGGCUUUGGGGGAGUUGAGUGUUGCGUUUCCGGUUGGAGGAUCUUUUUCGAAUUAUUCUACGAGGUUUUUGGAUCCUUCUUGGGGGUUUGCUAUGGGUUGGAAUUAUACACUACAGUACCUCAUCGUAUUGCCGCUUGAGAUUAUUGCUGGCGCAAUGACGACGAAUUACUGGAAUCCAGAAGCCAGCAAGUCGAUUUUCAUCAUUCUUUUCUUUCUUCUCAUUCUGGGUAUCAAUUUACUUGGAGUAAAGGGUUAUGGUGAAGCCGAGUUUAUCUUCUCAGCUGUCAAGAUUGUUGCUGUUAUGGGCUUCAUUCUGCUUGGUAUCAUCAUCAACAUAGCAGGUGAACCAGAAGGUGGCUACAUCGGUUUCACUCACUGGCACAACCCAGGCGCCUUCAACAACGGCUUCAAAGGAUUCGCAAGCGUCCUCGUAACAGCAACAUUCUCCUUCGCCGGCACAGAAAUGGUCGGCCUCGCAGCCGCCGAAACAAGCAACCCGAAAAAGUCCCUCCCCGCCGCCGUAAAGCAGGUCUUUUGGCGUAUAGCAUUCUUCUACAUCCUCUCCAUUCUCCUCAUCGGACUACUCGUCCCGUACAACGAGCCGCGACUCCUAGGCGCAAAGUAUGGAUCUGAUGCAGCUGCCAGUCCGUUUGUUAUCGCUAUUGAGAUGAGCGUUUGA